AUGGGAGAACGAGGACAAAGACACCGAGUGAGCUGCUGGUGGAUUGCUGGAAUUGUGUUGCUGUGCUUUGGGAAUCGUAUUUUGGCACAGUUGAGAUACUCUGUUCCAGAAGAAGUCCUAGUGGGAUCUCCUGUUGGAAAUGUUGCCAAAGAUUUGGGGCUUGAUAUUAACACUUUGACAGAGAGGCGAUUUCGUAUAGUUUCGGGUCCGAAUCAUGCUCUGUUUCUAUUGAAUCAGAACAAUGGAGUGCUGUAUGUUGGGCAAAUUAUGGACCGCGAAGAGCUUUGUGAUGGAACCAAGGUUUGUUUGAUAAACUUGAAAAUUGUUGUUGAGAGCCCACUGGAAAUACAUUACGUGAACGUUGAAAUAACUGAUGUUAAUGACCAUUCACCGACCUUCCCAGAAAGUGAGCAACGUCUGGAAAUAGCAGAGCAUAUUCCACCAGGAACUCGUUUCCAAAUUCAUGCAGCUAGAGACCCUGAUGUCGGGACACAGUCAGUCCGAUUCUAUAAGUUGAGCCCAAAUGAUCUUUUUGAUAUACAAGUCAGAGACAGCGAGGAGGACAAAAUACCGUUUUUAGUGCUAAAAAAGCCGUUGGAUAGGGAACAAAAGGCAGAACACCGUUUAGUGUUAACUGCUCUUGAUGGGGGCAGUCCGUCAAAAUCUGGGAACCUUAAUCUAACUAUCACUGUGCUGGAUGCAAAUGAUAAUCGCCCUGUGUUCAGCAAAGAUAUACACACUGUGUCAUUAGUGGAAAAUGCUCCCAUUGGAACCCUUGUAAUCAGAUUAAACGCUACCGAUAUAGACGAAGGUUCAAAUAGCGAAAUUGAAUAUAGCUUUGGCAAAACUCAAAAGAAAAAAGUGCACGAUACCUUUGAAUUAGACAGCGUCAGUGGUGAGAUUCGAGUCAAAGGAAACGUGGACUUUGAGGAGACUGAGAUUUAUAGACUAGAUUUGCAAGCUUCAGAUAAAGGCCAGCCACCCUGGACGGCCGAAAGCAGAGUUGUGAUAAAAAUUAAAGAUGUGAACGACAACAAGCCAGACAUAGAAGUGACAUCACUACGUAACUUAGUCCCUGAAAAUUCCAAACCUGGCACUGUUAUCUCUCUCAUUAGUGUCACUGACAGAGAUUCAGGCGUUAAUGGGAAAGUUAUUUGUACAAUAUCGGAUAAUGUUCCAUUUGAUCUGACGCCAUCCAUUGAAGAAAAUAUGUACUCUCUUGUCACAAAGGGACGUUUAGACAGAGAGAAUGUGUCCCAUUAUGAAAUUACAAUAACAGCCACUGACUGUGGUGAGCACCCACUUUCCACUGUAAAAACGUUAAAUGUUCAGGUGUCAGACGUGAAUGAUAACAGACCAAAUUUCAGCCAAAGUCCAUGUGAACUUUACAUGGUAGAAAACAAUGCUCCUGGCGCAUCGAUAUUUUCUGUUAGUGCUGUUGAUAUUGAUCUGAAUGAAAAUGCAGCAAUCACGUACCACAUUGUGAGAGGUGAUGGGCUGCAAGGUGACAUGACAUCUUUCCUAAAUGUCAAUUCAGAUAACGGACAAAUAUCAGCACUAAAAAGUUUUGACUUUGAAACUCUGAAAACGUUCCACUUCCAAGUUGUCGCCACAGAUUCUGGAAUUCCGUCACUAAGCAGCAACGUCACAGUGAACGUGUUCAUUCUGGAUCAGAACGACAACGCUCCAGUCAUCCUGUAUCCAGUCAGCUCCAACGGUUCUGCUGAAGGUGUGGAGGAGAUUCCCCGCAAUGUCAACGCAGGACACUUGGUGACUAAAGUCAGAGCCUAUGACGCUGAUAUAGGAUAUAACGGCUGGUUACUGUUUUCACUGCAGGAAGUUACUGACCACACUCUCUUUGGUUUGGACCGCUAUACAGGACAGAUCAGAACACUUCGCUCAUUCACAGAGACAGACGAGGCUGAGCAUAAACUGGUCAUACUGGUGAAAGACAAUGGCAACGUUUCACUCUCAGCAACAGCUACUGUGAUAGUCAAAGUUGUGGAGCCCAAAGAAGCUUUUGCAGCUUCUGAUGUUAAAAGUGCAACAAAGGAUGAGGAGGGCAAUGACGUGACUUUUUAUCUGAUGAUAACUUUGGGCUCAGUGUCUGUACUUUUUAUCAUCAGUAUCAUUGUGCUGAUUGCAAUGCAGUGCUCCAAAACUACAGAAUAUACAUCCAAAUACCUACAAGAGACAAAUUAUGAUGGGACACUGUGUCACAGCAUCCAGUACAGAUCCGGUGACAAGCGAUACAUGUUAGUUGGACCCAGAAUGAGUAUAGGAUCUACUAUAGUCCCAGGCAGCCAUGCAAAUACUCUAGUACUUCCUGACAGAAGAGGGACAUCUGGAGAGGUAAGCCCAUGUUUCACUUUUAAUUGA